GGCGAGGAAGGAGAUGUAACCGAUGAAAAGCUGAAGGCAUUUUUCAAAGAAAGCUAUGGGAUGGAUAUGAGUGAAAACAGUGCUGAAUUCAGUGAAAACGAACGGAAUACGCUUCGCGACCUAAAGCAAUACUUAACGUCGGAAGCUUAUGAAAACGUCAUUUCAAAAGGCGUUUUUGAAACAAUGACUGAUUUCAAAACGUAG